AUGGUUGACCGCGAUUUCGAGGCGCGGAAGGCGCCUGCGCCUGGCGCAGAAAACAUAUCCUUCACAGAUGCUGUUUCUAGCUCUAGGAUGGUGUCUUCGCUACUAAUGAACCAAGAUAGAAACAUACAGGUGGCGCGUAGCUUCACGCGCUGGGAACAAGGACGUGACGCUGGCGCAUCCAACGACAACAGCGUUAAUAUUUUUGACUCACUGGUUGUGGAAACGGAUAAAGGCUCUACGACGCAAUCUUCCCUGCAAGGCAUAUCAAAUAGUGUGUCUCUGACGCAUGGAAAUCUUAUGAGGCGCGGCUCCCGCGCAAACACCAGCGAAAAUGCCGAAGCUAGUACAUCCCGUUACUCACUCAGUACCCUCGGCAGUAGCCGAGGCAAACAGCGUGGCAAUCGUACCCCAUCGGAUGCGGAUUCUUCCAUGUCGAGCGAUAUAGAAAUUAAUGCGAAUAUGAUGAAUCGCAAAGCUGCGUUGGGAGCCCUGAUGCGUGAUCGGGGUAAGAGCGUCCAGCGUGCUAAGGAGCAAAUGAGCGCCAAUCCGCUAGAAACGUACAAGGUUCCCGGCCGUUUAGUCUCUCCAAGGAAACCGAAGGCUUCAAUGCAGUCAAAUAUGGCGCCUGGUGUUGAAGGCGAUGCAGCGGCGUCGGCUAAUACUACGUCUCAUCCCCCUAAGCUCCUGCACGGUAAAUCUUCAACCAACCUAAAAGAACCCAAGGGGUCCACCAGCCCCGGCGAACGUGAGGGAAAGGAAAACAGUCCUACACCUGGAGAUACAAGUAACACCAAUCGGGAAGACCUUUUUUCCAAGAUAAAGAGAGCCGUUACCCGCGAUCUGUCGGAUGACAUUCGCCCACCACUGAUUCAUUCGUUCACCAACAAAAUACUCGGCAUGCGGACGCCAUGGCAGCUUCCGAUGAAAGAACGCAGUUUGCGCAACAACGUGCAGCAGCUCAUCAGCUUUUUUAGGGUGCUGGAAAGGUACGUCGAGGAUCAGGUGUACCGUUACGGCCCGUCACUACACCCAAGGCUGGAUAAGGUAUACAACGACGUGUACACGAAGAUUGACCAGAUGUUCAAAAAGAUAACGGACAAGCGAAUGACUCAGGUGGACGAACCCAGGAGGAUCGCAGUGGUUGGCAAUGAAGUAUAUGACAUUGGUGACCAUCAGCCAAGAGGCUCUCCCAUUUACUACCAAAAGUUUGUCAUUUUCGAUCUAUCUCAGGAUAGUUCCAAUUUCGCCAACGAGCACGGGGACCUAUUCCAGAGGCAGGUUUUAAGUUUCCCCAUGAACAGCCGCGGGCUACCUUCCAUGAGUUACCUCUGUUCCGUAACCUCCGCCGUAUUGUUUUGGUUGGACUUCUACAACAGGGACAACUUGGUCAUCUUCAACUAUGCUGCUCUGAAUUACAACAUGUUGCUGACGUUUGCAUGCACCCUAUUAGCGUCGCAGCCCAUGGCGACGGCCAACGAAAUAAAUCAGUUGAUCACAAAUUCUUUCGACUGGAGGAAGCAAUGUCGCAAGGUACCCAGCGGGGUAGCGAGGGGCGGUGCAGACCAAAUGCAUCAAAACGAGCUGCCACAAAUGAUUCCAAUCGCUCGGUGGCCCCCCUCGUACAAGCGCUACAUGAGCUACUUCCUGAGUCUUUACGCCACACCGGUCGAUUUCGUGCUUGCGCAACAAUUCAAGCUGAGGCACAUCACACUCAUCAACUGCUUGUUGCCGGGUACUGAGGUGAUGCUGGAGGUGUACAAGAUUGGGCCAGAUGCUGUGGAUGCUGCUAACUACCAAAGGCGUGGUAAUGUGGAGCGCAGCAAAGAAUGCGCCAGGUAUUCUGCUGUGUUCUAUUCCAAGUGUGCGUGCGGUGGCAAAGAGCGAGACGGAGCCACGCUUAUCGCGUGCUCGGCAGAUUAUACUGUGGUCUCAAAGUCGACGAAGUCGAAAUCGGGCAAAUACGGCUACGUCGGGGAGCUGAGGUUUGACUUCACUCUAGACGCUGAGGGGAACAGAAGAAACACGGUGAUUUCGGGUGACGUGGCCAUUGCGCUUAUUGCGGUGUCCAUGAGACAGAGGAAGGUGAUAGCCACAUACAGUUUUAAUACAGGUUUCGUCAGCAGUGAUAUGAUCGAAGUACCCAAAGCUGAACUCGACAUAUGGGACACGUCCUCUGCGAUUCAGCCGCACGGCCAGAUGACCAUCGCCAUGGAAACCAGGCAGCGGUACAAUAGUGAUAAUUGGAAUACGUCAGCCCCUCAUAGUGUGAUAACGCCUCCAACGUCGGAUGUCGGCAUAUUCAUGAGGCACCAUGUGGCCAAAGUAUCUUCUGAUGAUGCGCAGGCACUUGUGAAUGCCACUGGCCUCUCCUACGAUACGUGCGCAUUCGCUCUCAAGCUGUGUCCGAGAUACCUCGAUGCCAUGGCUAUUCUGAAUGCACUUUUCGUCCCUAAGAAGUUGCAGGUGGAGAUUGAGGGCAAUAUGUACCGUUCACCGCGGUCGCCAACGAUCGAAAUACCGAUUGUGGCCUCCCUCGAUUCACCAAGAGUUGAGAGUGCACGUAUAUUCAGCCCAACGGGUGGGCUGGCUCGUGGGUAUUCCGUUGUAUUGGGUGCUGGCACUGGAAUCGGAGGCAUCACACCCGUGAGUAGAAUUGGGAGCUUUGGAACCGGCGCAGCCAUUGGGAUAGACGGUGGUAUCGCAAGCUACGAUGGGGAGCACCGGAUUGGACUAAUCCCAGCUCAUGCCGGGAUCACGAACAGAAUUGGAUUGGUAAGACACGAUUCUGGGUUGCGUGCUGACGUUGAAGGUCGUGAUUUUGUCACGGAUCGGAAUUUGAGUGAAGGCGGAGAUAUUGGAACCCCAUCUGGGCGCACGUCGAGAUUCGCGCGGGCAGCAUCCCGAUUUGAUAGUGAAGCUGUUGACGAACCGGGAGCUGAAGGUGGAGAUAUUGGAACUCCCUCAGGCCGGAAGUCGAGAACCACAGGUCGGACAAUUCAUGUUGAUAAUGAAGCUCUAAGUGAUAGUGCAGAUGAAACCGUACAGGUCGGAACGCCAUCUGGGCGCAAGUCCAGGGUUGCACGUGACACAGCGCAAGUUUACAACGAAGCUACAGAUGAUAUGGGCACUGAAGUUGGGGAUAUCGCAACGCCAUCUAGGCGUAAAUCUAGAGUCGCUCGGGGCGCAGUCCAAAUUGACGGUGAGGCUACAAGUGAUAGCGGUGACGAAGUCGGUUAUGAAGCAACUCCCUCGGGACGUAGAUACAGAGUCUCACGGGGAGCACCACAAAGUUAUAAUGAAGCCACAGAUGAUACGGGUGCUGAAGUGGAUUCUACUGCAACCCCUCUUGCUCGUGGUGCUGGAUUGGCAGGGCGGAAGACUCGCAUUGGAACUAAAACAGUAGCAGGGGAUGUCGAAGCCGAUGCUACUACCGGAAUUCAGGAUGGAGUCUACGGAACAGAGUUUGGAACUGGCAGUGUGACGAAAGUUGUCGGAGCCAGACCACGCGCCGCAACGGAAGGUGGAAAGCUAGGUAUUGAAACGCAACCUGGAGGCGAUAAUGAUCUCAGUGCCACUGGAUCGUACACUCUGUCUAAUGAUGCGUCUGCCAAGAUACAAAGGCUUGCUAACUUUACAGGCAUUGAAGGUGCUGACAACCUUACUGUAGACCAGGUGGAGCGUAUCUUAGUAGAAUCUGAUGGCAAAAUGCAACUGCUGUUAGUAGAUGGCACCACGAGGAACGUGCCUAACAAUAGCGUGACAUCACUCCUCCAGAUGUUUGGUCCUUACCAAGGCCAUCCAUCAGAGCAUGGCAAACUGCUAUCGCCGGAUGACAUUCCUCGGGGCACGGAGAUGCCAAUGCAGGGCGGCGGUGUGCCUUUGGGUGCUCAUGGAUCAAAAUCGAUAUCGAAGGCAAUACCUGGAGGGCUGCCUAAAGCUUCAUUGCCACCUCCUGCGGCUCCUACAGCAAAAUCGCCAACCGGCGAGCCUGUACCUCCAACAGCAGCUGCAGGUCCAGAUGCCCCCAUCGUAAAGAAACCGGCUCCGCCGAUGGCCAAAACUCUGCAGCCGAAGAUACCUCCACCACCAUCUAAACCGAAGGACGCUUCUGCCAAGUCUGCGGCCCCACCCAUGAAAAAGGGCCCGCCGUGUAAAAUGAAGGCCGCCCCGCCGCCGCCGAUUCUCAAGGGCAAAACGGCAGUGGCUAAGAAGCCGCCACCGUUGGGAGUGCGGUUACACUGGAAACCUCUUAACAUAAACGCAGUCAAGGGUACCAUCUUCGAGAAUUUGCCAAAACCGUCGGCAGAGGACAAACUGUUCGAUUCAACCCUGGUCAAGCAGCUUUUCAGCAAGGCGACAAUUAAACGCCAACUUACCAUGAAGGCGCCUGAACCCAAACGACAGCUGUUAAAGGAAAUCCUAGAUCCCAAGCGUGCGCAGAACAUUGGUAUCAUCCUUCGUUUUAACAACGAGUCUCACUUCGACGAACUGAUUGAUGCCUUGGACAACCUGAAGCUUGAUAACCCCAUAGUCAGCAUUGACAACAUAAUCAAGAUUCAGUCUGCAAUACCUCAGGGACCGGAAGUCAGCGCCUUCACCGCCGCGCUACAGAACAAAGAAGACCUGACCGAGUAUAGGGACGUGGAGCAGAAGGUGUUUAAAAUUGUCAAGCGCGAAUUUAUCGAUGACAAAGUGAAAGUGGCGCAUUUCGCUCUGAACUACAAAACCCUCUUGGAGAGCGUUAAUAAUCAGCUGGGUGCAUUCCAGCGAGCGAACGAGCAGAUCGCCAAUAAUGAGUUCCUGCCCAUAAUCAUGGGAGGUAUCCUGCAGUAUGGCAACUUCGUCAACCAUGGCGAUGACACCGUGGUGCAGACUCCUGGGUUCAGCCUGUCAUCAGCGAUAAAGCUGAUUGACCUCAAGUCCGCGGACAACUCCCUGAGUUCGAUGCAUUACCUGGUGGUCAACUUGGUCGUCAAAUUUCCCGACCUUGACUUCUCUACGUUUGAUAAGUCUCUCCACCAUGUGUUGGAAGCGGAGAAAAUAAGCGCCAACGGCGUGGACGAGCUUUUCGACGAAAUACGAGGUGGACUUAACUUCUUACUGCGCCUCAUAGAACGGGUACCUCAAGAGACCGCGCUAUACAGCAAGACCAAGGAACUCAUAGCGGAGGCCACUGAGGCCACAGGAAUGGCGAGUGAACGUCACAAAACGGCCUUUGAAGCCACCAAGACCACGUGGCGUUUCCUCGGUGAAGAAUGCAAACAGGGAACACCGUUAGACGAGAUAUUCCGCAUUCUCGCCGAUUUCAUGAGAUGCAUCAAACGGGUGAUGAACGACAUCCAGCAACGACCGUCGAAGUUCAUUGUCGCCAUAAACGACGAGGAAAAGCGUGAGCUCUACAACAGCAAAUUUUCUCGUGUGCGUAAGCGCUGA